AUGCUGCAGGCCACCGUCAAGCUGUGCUGCGGCAUCGCCCACGACCACCUCCGCCGCCCGCCCGGCUUGAGGAUGACAGCCGUGGCGGCAGCCCAGGAGGAUGUGAGAGGACUGGUGGUGAGAGGAUCCCAUCGCCUGCCUUCCGAAAUUCCUCGUUAUAUUCAGAGGCUGAUGGGGAAGGAGACAGCCACGUGCCCGGAGCCGGACGGAGACGUUGAUCCCAGCCGUUUCUCCAGCGUGGACCUCUCCUACAUCACGCAGGGAGAAACGGCCCUGCGGCGAGCGCUGAGCAUCCUGCAGCAGCACACCAGCUGGCAGGCAGAAAUGAUGCUGGACACUGGGGCCGCCGUGUCCAGCGCUGCCCUUCCCGGGCUGGGCAAGGUGUUUCGGGCGGAGGUGGUCCUGCCGGUGCCGGUGGCACGGCUGCACCAGGAGCUGUUUGAGAGGAUUGAGCACAUGCCGCGGUGGAACCCCAGCCUCAGCCGGGUGAAGGUGCUGCAGCGUGUCGGGACGGACACGAUGGUGACGCACGAAGUCACGGCUCCCGGCCCGGGCAAGCUGGUGGGUCAGCGGGAUUUCGUCAGCGUGCGGCACCGUGGGAGGAGGGAGACGGCCGUCUACCUGGUGGGCACUGCCACCCACGCCGAGCCACUGCCCCCACGGGAUGGGUGCAUCAG